AUGACUCAACAAGUAGUGUUGCCUGCAGCAGAUAACUCCUCCGAAUAUACAUCGGACAAUAUUCAAGUACUCAAAGGGCUGGAAGCAGUCAGGGUGCGGCCGGGCAUGUACAUCGGCAGCACGGGCGUUGACGGCCUCCACCAUCUCAUCAAAGAGCUGUUGGACAACGCAGUGGACGAGGCUCUGGCCGGCCACUGUGACCGCAUUGACGUACGCAUCGCUUCGGAUGGGGCCGUCAGCGUUUCGGAUAACGGGCGCGGCAUUCCCGUGGACCUUCACGCGGAUACCGGCGUAUCGGGCCUGGAAACGGUGAUGACCACGCUGCACGCCGGCGGCAAAUUCGACGGCACCGCCUACAAGGUGUCGGGUGGUCUCCACGGCGUGGGAGCGUCAGUGGUGAAUGCCCUGGCGUCCCACCUCCGCGCCGAAGUGUGCCGCGGCGGGCUGCGCUACACGCAGGACUACGAGAAAGGCAUCCCGACAUCGAGUCUGCAGCAGCACCAACGGGUACGGAAACAGGGCACGAUGGUGACCUAUUACGCCGAUUCGGAGAUAUUCCCCGAGAUAACGUAUGAUUUUGGCCGGCUCGUUGCCCAGUUGCGUCAGACCGCAUAUCUCAACAAAGGCCUGGAGAUCUGCCUGAUCAGCGAGUUCCACGAAGCGGAACGAAACGGCGACAUUGAGCGUAGCUUCUUCUUUGAUACCGGCGUGGCCAGCAUGGUGCGGAACAUCAACCGCAAGCGCAACGUGGUGAUGCCAGACCCGUUCUACUAUCAGCGCAUCGCCGAUGACGCGGACGUCGAGGUCGCCUUCCAGUACCACCACACCGACGGGCACGACAACCUGGCGGCCGACGAGCGCACCUUCGCCAAUUGCAUCCUGACACCUGAGGGUGGGACGCACCUGGCCGGGUUCCGUUCGGCGCUGACACGUGUGCUGAAUGACUACGCACGCAAGCAGAACUUCCUCAAAGACGCCAAGGACUCCUUCAGCGGCGAGGAUACUCGCGGCGGGCUGGUUGCGGUUAUCAGCGUGAAGCUGGGCGACCCGCAGUUCGAAGGUCAGACCAAGAACAAGCUCAGCAACCCCGAAGUACGCAGCCGAGUGGAAACGGCUACGUCCGAGGGUCUGACGCGCUUCCUGGAAGAGAACCCUACAGCGGCCAAGGGCGUGAUUGACAAGGUCCAGACGAACCACGCGGCCCGGGAGGCAGCUCGCCGCGCCCGCGACCUGGUCCUGCGGAAGAACGCGCUGGACGGCACCUCGUUGCCGGGCAAGUUGGCCGACUGCGCCGAGCGGGACCCGGCCAAGUCCGAACUGUACAUUGUUGAGGGUGAAUCAGCCGGAGGGUCGGCCAAGAUGGGCCGCGACCGGCAAUUCCAGGCCAUCCUCCCGCUGAAGGGCAAGAUCCUCAACGUGGAACGGUUCCUGGACAAGGUGGAGCGCAUCCUGGGCCAUGAGGAAAUCCGGGCGAUGAUCUCGGCGGUGGGCACCGGCGAGGGCGAAGGGUUCGACAUUUCCAAGCUGCGGUAUCACCACAUCAUCAUCAUGACGGACGCGGACGUGGAUGGAUCACACAUCCGUACGCUCAUCCUGACGUACUUCUACCGCCGCAUGCGAGAGCUGAUCCUGGGCGGCUACCUCUACAUCGCCCAGCCACCCCUGUACCGGGUGCAGCGCGGCCGCAACAUCGCCUAUGCGUACUCGGAGGAUGAGAAGGACACGCUGAUGAAGCGCAUGUCCACGGCGCGGUCGGAACCAUCGAUACAGCGGUACAAGGGUUUGGGCGAGAUGAAUGCCGACCAGCUCUGGGAUACGACGAUGGACCCGGCGGCGCGCAAGAUGCUGAAGGUAACCAUCAGCGACAUCGACGACAUGGACAGCAUAUCGGACACCGAUGGUGUGUUCUCCAUGCUGAUGGGCGAGCAGGUCGGCCCGCGCAAGAGCUUCAUCCAAAGCCACGCCACGGAAGUCCAGAACCUGGACGUUUAG